AUGUCCUCCAACAGCAUCGUCGCCAGUCCCAGAGUUCUUGGCCUUCUAAAAGGACUCCACGCCGCUUCCUUGGCCCAGGAGUCCUCAUUCUCGCUUGUUGUGUUUUGGCUCUUCAAGGUUAUCCGUUAUCGGUUCGCCAAGGAGAAAUGGAGCUCCCGGGACGAUGACUUCAUGCGGGACAAAUUCAUUGCCCUCGAGCCUGACAAGUGCGAGUUGGUCUAUUUGCUGGCGAGGACCACCGGCGCUCUGAACAUCGUCGAAGCUGGAACCAGUUUCGGCGUUUCGACCAUAUAUCUGGCCCUCGCGGCGGGACAGAACGCUGCAGCAAAGGCGACAUCCGGCCCCAUCAUCCCCGGCCAGGGAGCCAAAGUGAUCGCGACUGAGAAUGAGCCCGAGAAGGCCAAAAGAGCAAAGCAACAUUGGAAAGAGGCUGGAGAGGAGGUUGAGCCAUGGAUUACUCUGCUGGAGGGUGACCUUCGCGAAUUGCUGCCGCUGGAGGUGAACAAGACGAGCCAAAUUGAUUUCCUCCUACUCGACAUUUGGACGCCAAUGGCUCUUCCGGCCCUGCAGGCGGUUCAACCGAAACUGCGUCACGGUGCUCUGAUUGUCGCGGACAAUACUGCAAAGUCACGAGCGGGCUACAAGGACUUUUUCGACUAUGUCUGCAAUCCGAGCAACGGAUUUAAAACAUUGACCACGCCAUUCAAGGGUGGACUCGAGGUUUGCGUGUACCUCCCUGAAAACACAGCCUAG